AUGCUGGACAUGGGAGAUAGGAAAGAGGUGAAAAUGAUCCCCAAGUCCUCGUUCAGCAUCAACAGCCUGGUGCCAGAGGCGGUCCAGAACGACAACCACCACGCGAGCCACGGCCACCACAACAGCCACCACCCCCAGCACCACCACCACCACCACCACCACCACCACCACCCGCCGCCGCCCGCCCCGCAACCGCCGCCGCCGCCGCCACAGCAGCAACCGCCGCCGCCGCCGCCGCCCCCGGCACGGGGCACCCCGGCCGCCGACGACGACAAGGGCCCCCAGCAGCUGCUGCUCCCGCCACCGCCGCCGCCGCCCCCGGCCGCCGCCCUGGACGGGGCCAAAGCGGACGGGCUGGGCGGCAAGGGCGAGCCGGGCGGCGGGCCCGGGGAGCUGGCGCCCGUCGGGCCGGACGAGAAAGAGAAGGGCGCCGGCGCCGGGGGGGAGGAGAAGAAGGGGGCGGGCGAGGGCGGCAAGGACGGGGAGGGGGGCAAGGAGGGCGAGAAGAAGAACGGCAAGUACGAGAAGCCGCCGUUCAGCUACAACGCGCUCAUCAUGAUGGCCAUCCGGCAGAGCCCCGAGAAGCGGCUCACGCUCAAUGGCAUCUACGAGUUCAUCAUGAAGAACUUCCCCUACUACCGCGAGAACAAGCAGGGCUGGCAGAACUCCAUUCGCCACAACCUGUCCCUCAACAAGUGCUUCGUGAAGGUGCCGCGCCACUAUGACGACCCGGGCAAGGGCAACUACUGGAUGCUGGAUCCCUCGAGCGACGACGUGUUCAUCGGCGGCACCACGGGCAAGCUGCGGCGUCGCUCCACCACGUCGCGGGCCAAGCUGGCCUUCAAGCGCGGGGCGCGCCUCACCUCCACCGGCCUCACUUUCAUGGACCGCGCCGGCUCCCUCUACUGGCCCAUGUCGCCCUUCCUGUCCCUGCACCACCCCCGUGCUAGCAGCACUUUGAGUUACAACGGCACCACGUCGGCCUACCCCAGCCACCCCAUGCCCUACAGCUCCGUGUUGACUCAGAACUCGCUGGGCAACAACCACUCCUUCUCCACAGCCAACGGCCUGAGCGUGGACCGUCUGGUCAACGGGGAGAUCCCGUACGCCACGCACCACCUCACGGCCGCCGCGCUCGCCGCCUCGGUGCCCUGCGGCCUGUCGGUGCCCUGCUCCGGGACCUACUCCCUCAACCCCUGCUCGGUCAACCUGCUCGCGGGCCAGACCAGUUACUUUUUCCCCCACGUCCCGCACCCGUCAAUGACUUCGCAGAGCAGCACGUCCAUGAGCGCCCGGGCCGCGUCCUCGUCCACGUCUCCGCAGGCCCCCUCGACCCUGCCCUGUGAGUCUUUAAGACCCUCUUUGCCAAGUUUCACGACGGGACUGUCCGGGGGACUGUCUGAUUAUUUCACACAUCAAAAUCAGGGGUCUUCUUCCAACCCUUUAAUACAUUAA